AUGGGGAAAACCUUGUACCAAUGUUCCAUUCUUCUCACACUCCUUGCCUGCCACGGAAUCCUGCUCACCACAGAAUGCAGGCAACUCCGUUCCAUCACAAACCCACCACCACCGGCAUCCCCAAUUUCAGACACUUCCGAUGAUCAAGACGCAGGAUCGAAGGAAGACUUCCGUCCGACGGCGCCCGGCGUCAGCCCUGGCGUCGGACAUCCCGAAAAUGAUUUCCGGCCAACGGCGCCAGGGUUUAGCCCCGGGGUCGGCCAUGAAGUCGGGUUGCAGAACAGAGCAGCUUUUGGUGACGAAACAGGGGAGCUUAUAGCGACCAAAAUCUACAAUAACGACGGUUUCAGGCCCACCACCCCUGGGUUCAGCCCGGGAGCAGGGCACGCCGCGUUGACCGAUGACGUGGACGCCUUCAGGCCGACGAAGCCCGGACAAAGCCCUGGAGUCGGCCAUGCAGCCGAGCUCGAGAGCAGUGAUGUUGUUGAUAACAAAGGUUACUCUGUUUCAGGAGAAGCGCAGGAUUUCAAGCCCACUCAGCCUGGACAUAGUCCUGGAGUUGGACAUAAGAACUAG